GGCACUGGGGGGGCCCGAGGCCGAGGCCCACCAUGGCCAGCCUCCUGCUGCUAGCCGCUGCUCUGCUGUCCAGCUGGGCCCAGCUUCCGGCCGAAGCCAGCUCCUGGUGGUCCUUAGCUAUGAGCCCGGUGCAGAGACCCGAGAUGUUUAUCAUCGGUGCCCAGCCCGUGUGCAGCCAGCUUCCUGGGCUUUCCCCUGGCCAGAGGAAGCUGUGCCAACUGUACCAGGAACACAUGGCCUACAUCGGGGAGGGAGCCAAGACGGGCAUCAAGGAGUGCCAGUACCAGUUUCGCCAGCGGCGGUGGAACUGCAGCACGGUGGACAACGCGUCCGUCUUUGGCAGAGUCAUGCAGACAGGGAGCCGGGAGACAGCCUUCACGUACGCAGUGAGCGCCGCGGGGGUGGUGAACGCCAUCAGCCGGGCCUGCAGGGAGGGUGAGCUCUCCACGUGCGGCUGCAGCCGGACAGCGCGGCCCAAGGACCUUCCCCGGGACUGGCUGUGGGGCGGCUGCGGGGACAACGUGGAGUACGGCUACCGCUUUGCCAAGGAGUUCGUGGAUGCCCGCGAGCGGGAGAAGAACUUCGCCAAGGGGUCGGAGGAGCAGGGCCGAGUGCUCAUGAACCUGCAGAACAACGAGGCGGGGCGGAGGGCUGUGUACAAGAUGGCGGACGUGGCCUGCAAAUGCCACGGCGUCUCGGGGUCCUGCAGCCUCAAGACGUGCUGGCUGCAGCUGGCCGAGUUCCGCAAGGUGGGGGACCAGCUGAAGGAGAAGUACGACAGCGCGGCCGCCAUGCGCAUCACCCGCAAGGGCAAGCUGGAGCUGGUCAACAGCCGCUUCAACCAGCCCACCCCGGAGGACCUGGUCUACGUGGACCCCAGCCCGGACUACUGCCUGCGCAACGAGACCACGGGCUCGCUGGGCACGCAGGGCCGCCUGUGCAACAAGACGUCGGAGGGCAUGGACGGCUGCGAGCUCAUGUGCUGCGGCCGCGGCUACGACCAGUUCAAGAGCGUGCAGGUGGAGCGCUGCCACUGCAAGUUCCACUGGUGCUGCUACGUCAAGUGCAGGAAGUGCACGGAGAUCGUCGACCAGUACGUCUGUAAAUAGCCAGCGGGGGCCGCUCUUCCGGCCGCAUCUCCACUGCCUCACAAAGUUUAUAUUAUAUAAAUCUAUAUAAAUCUAUUUUAUAUUUGUAUAAAUAAAGGGAUGGAUGAUAAAUAAUUAAAAGAAGAAUGGAAAGGAAAAGCUUAUUUAAGAGACGCUGCUGGAGAUGUUUGAGGAUUGCACUGUGCUCGUUCUCUGCUCCUGGGGGAGGGUGGGGGGCCAGGGGCUUUCCCCCCUCCCUCAGGGCGUCGGGACUUGGGGCUAGUCGCUGUCUAUCCACCGUGGCCUUGAGGAGACAAGUGGCGGGUAGAUGGAGAAGAUGAUUUUGUCUGGAAGUCUGGAGUCAGCCGGCUGGAUGACCGCCCUGUGACCCCCGUCAUUAGGCCAGGAGGCCCUGUGCAAGGUGGCAGGAACUGCGCUUACACCAUCCCGUCUUCAGGGUCUUGUCCAGAAUACAGAUUGGUUCCGGAA